UCGUCAGCCAGCACUUUCCGAUCCUGCUGUAGAUUCAACACAUUAGCGCUGCUGCGAUCGCCGUUGUGAUCAACAUUGUCGAGACCAUUUUCGCGCACGCAAUUCUUCCGCUCGCUGCUGACCGUCGUUAUCUUCUUACAUCGAACAAAGUAGCGGCUUUGACGAUUGCUUACGUCUUUUGUAAAAUUUCUAUUUUUCGAUCUUAUUGUUUCUCACCUAGUCCUACCUACGACCAAAGCAAGCGCUUCUGUGCUACAUCUACAGGAGAGGCGUGUGACGACGCCUGCUACUGAACUUGGCCUAGCCGUGUAGAUAGAUAAUUUCCUGCUGUUCGAAAAUAGAUCUAUCAUAUCCAACAAUGGCACAACCUGUCCUCGCCGCAUGCGGUCUACAAGCCGAGCACCUCCCACGUCUGACCAUACUCAAACAGGACUCCGGUGUGGACGGAAGCUUCCUGAUCGCGGCAACCUUGGGACAUCGGCUCAAAGCGUCUAAGGAUCAUCACGUACUGCUGGUAGCUAGCCACCACACCUACCAUCACUACAGCGCUGCCUGCAUGAAGGUGGGCUUCAACUUGGGCCCGUCCCGUGAUUCCGGGCAACUUCAAAUCUUGGACGUCGCUGCCGACCUGUUCCGCAACUACCCAAACAACAUACCCUCUUUGGACGAAAUUGCCGAACGCAUCCAAGCAUUCCUACAAGCGCGCCCCGACGGAACCAUCCUGGUUGAUGAUCUGACCUACUUCCUGAACUUCGAUCACUCGGAGGCGCAGUUGAUCGACUUUGUCGAGCAGCUGGUAGUGCAGGACGAUCGCCACCACUCGUUGGUGAUCAAGUUGAACACGGCCGAUCGGUGGGCCACCCUGUGCGCCAAUUUGGACGAUUUGGCUCAGGUGGAGAUCGGGCUGCAACGGUUGACGUCCGGACAGUUUCGGGAAGUUGAUGGCCGGUUGGUGGUGCGUCGGUUUCUGGCGGAGAAGGACGACGGAGACGAGCAGGGCUUGCUCAGGUUGAAGAAGGUGGACAGGUCGGUGCUGUACAAGGUGAACGAGAGGAACAUCAAGGUGUUCGUACCGGGCGAGGUGGGUAUCAAGAAUUUGUGAGGUAGAUAUUAAACUUUUUGAGAUAGAA